GCGCGGGUGGGCUUGGAGCAGGCCGCACCGGGCGGGAACCCCACUCCCACCGCGGAGGCCCCCUGCCCUUUCUCCCCCUUUCCCCCCGGCCCAUGGUGCGAGGCUGGGAGCCGCCGCCCGGGCCGGACCGCGCUAUCUCUGAAGGGCACAAAUCAGAAAGCACCAUGCCUCCUAAUAAAGAGGCCAGCAGUCUUAAUAGCUCCCCAGCGGGGCUCAUCUGCCUGCCUCCAAUCUCCGAGGAGCUACAGCUUGUGUGGACCCAAGCAGCCCAGACCAGUGAGCUGGAUGGCAAUGAACACUUGCUACAAACCUUCAGCUACUUUCCCUAUCCCAGUCUAGCAGACAUUGCCCUUCUCUGCUUACGCUAUGGGCUGCAGAUGGAGAAAGUCAAGACUUGGUUCAUGGCCCAGCGCCUCCGCUGUGGCAUUAGCUGGUCAUCUGAAGAAAUAGAAGAGACUCGAGCCCGAGUGGUCUACCAUCGGGACCAGCUCCAUUUCAAAUCCCUUCUCUCUUUUACUCAUCAUGCAGGGCGGCCUCCAGAGGAGGUGCCUCCUCCAUUGCCACCUCCAGAACAAGUGGGUCUUGGAAUAGUACCCCUGACUCUUAGUGAGCCCACCCAAAUGAAAGGAUUGAAGGUAGAACCUGAGGAGUCCUCAGAGCUGCUGAGUCACCAGAAAGCAAAGGAACCCCUGAUGGCACCUGGCAGUGGGGCAUUCCCCCACCAAUCAGAUUUUUGGCAGGAUCUUCAAAGCAGUGGCUUCUCUAAGGAGCAGGCAGGCAGGGGUCCCCACCAGUCACAUGGCCUAGGUUCUGCUUCCUGGAACCACUCCACAGCUGUCCACCAGCCACAUGCUCGGGAUAAGCCCCCACCAAUCUCACUACUUGCUAGUAGUUGUAAGCAGGAGUCAACAUCUAAUAUGACUCCUUCUCCCUCUACCUCUUCUUCCACUUUCCCGGUACUGGCUAAUGGAGCUACUGCCACCUCUAAACCCCUCCAGUCACUAGGCUGUAUCUCACAGCCACUGUCACCCAGUGAACAGGCACUGCCCCCACAUCUGGAGCCAGCUUGGCCCCAGGGGCUAAGACAUAACUCAGUACCAGGUAGGGUUGGCCCUGCAGAGUACCUUUCCCCAGAUAUGCAACGCCAGCGAAAGACCAAGCGCAAAACCAAAGAGCAGCUGGCUAUCCUCAAAUCUUUUUUUUUACAGUGCCAAUGGGCACGGCGUGAGGAUUACCAUAAAUUAGAACAGAUCACUGGUUUACCUCGACCUGAGAUCAUUCAGUGGUUUGGUGACACACGCUAUGCCUUGAAGCAUGGGCAACUAAAAUGGUUUCGGGACAAUGCGGUACCUGGUGCCUCUAGUUUCCAGGACCCAGCAAUUCCCACACCCCCACCUUCAACCCGCUCCUUGAAUGAAUGGGCUGAGACACCACCUCUGCCGAACCCCCCACCCCCACCGGAUAUACGACCCUUGGAGAGGUACUGGGCAGCCCAUCAACAGCUACGGGAAAGUGAUAUCCCUCAACUGAGUCAGGCAUCAAGGCUUAGCACCCAGCAGGUACUGGAUUGGUUUGACUCUCGAUUACCUGAGCCAGCUGAGGUGGUGGUUUGUCUAGAUGAAGAGGAGGAAGAGGAGGAGGAAGAACUGCCAGAAGAUGAUGAGGAUGAAGAGGAGGAGGAGGAGGAGGAGGAAGAGGAUGAUGAUGAUGACGAUGUGAUCAUACAGGACUGAGUCGGGGGGACUAGGGGAGGGAAGGUCUGUUACUAAAAGAUGAACCAACUUAGUAACUGUUUAAACAAAGAAACCACAUUUUUUUAAAUUACUUUGUGGCAAAGAACUGAAAAGCUUUGUGUUCUUGAGGUUGGGGGAUUGGGGAUGUAGUGAGGGUGGACCAGGGAGGAUGACCAUAGGAUCUAAAGAGAGGUGGGGAUUGGAUGAGCAGAAAUCAGUCCUCUCGUCUCAGUGAAGAGUACGCUAAGGAUCUGGUCCAAACCAUGGGCUGGGAAAAGGCUUUUUUGCUCUCUUCAUGUCUGCUGUUCUUUUCCCUUAGUGUGCUAUGGAAAGCCCAGACCUUGGCCAUACAUCUAUAGGAGGACUGGAAAAGAAGAGUAAAGAAUUUUGAUUCAAUUGAUGAUUCCAGUGCAGACCCCAGUCCCACCAUUUUCCCUGGAAUCUCCGUGGUAGCCUUGAAAACCAACAUUCUGGCAUCUUCGUGGGGAUGGAAUGGGGUUGGAACUCUUUCAAAGCCUCAUUCCCAGAAAAUAAUCAUUUGACCUGUCCAGUGGCAACUGGAAGACUCCACUUGCAAGGCUGACUUUAUUUGAUCCGACCUGGAGCGCAAACUCAUCAGGACUUGGAGCUUAGAGUUCAUCACCUGUGAAAAGCCUUUUCCCCAGGAGUGUUUGUUGUAAACAAUUAGAAGCACUUGUUUGGGCUGCUUGAGAAUGUGAAUAUCAAUUGGGGCAAAUAAUAGGCUAACCUGAAAGCAGAGCUGGAAGAGAUGGGCAAUGAAUUGUUGGUGGGGACUCUGAAAACAAUACAUUCUUGGAGUCCAGAACAUAUGCAUAUGCAGGACUAUAUGCAUGCUCAGAAAAUACCUGAAAAGGCCCCAAUCUCUUACCUUGAGGUCAUACAAGCAGGUUGAAGGCUAAGAUUGGUUGCCUGGCUAAGUGCUGAAAGAGAACCCCAACACAUAUACAGAAACCCUCAGCAAAGACAGAGAGACUUACUGGUUCCAAGUGUUUAAGAGAAUCUCUGUCCACUCGUUAGCUGACCACUAAACUAACUGAAUAGACACUUUGGUGGCUCCACAUGACGAUACAGAUUUUAUAGAAUUAUUUUUAAAAAGUCACUA